AUGAGCACCGUAGCCGAGUUGCAAGCUCAACUUGAUGCGCUGCGUGCCCGCAAUGCGCAAGAGGUAGAGGCGGCCAAGGCCACACUCACCAAGCUGCAGCAGGACCUCAACUAUAUGCAGGAGGACACAGAAGCUCUCUCGAGAGAGGAGGAGGCGCUCUGUAAGCAAUUCGGCAAAGGUCGCAGCACGGACACUGCGUUGUCCACAAGUGAGCACACCAAUAUCAUCGCUCAAGUGCUGAGUGCUCUCGUAGAGUGUGACGAUAGUAAGUGCUGCUGA